GACCUUGAACGUAACUUGAUUUGACAGGUCUGCUUAUCUCCUUACAGCAGACCCACAAAUAGCACAUUAGUCGUGAUCUACCAACGCUUCCUCAUUAGUUCCUAAGUAGAAAAUAUAAUAAGCAUGGAUUCAAUCACAAUCCGGGCAGGCCGUAAGGAAGACAUGUCACAAAUCUACGACAUGAUUAAGCAACUAGCAGAGUUUGAAAAAAUGGCAGACCAAGUAAAAAUCUCCACGGAAACUUUAAUAUCAGACGGUUUCGGAUCUAAUCCUGCAUUUGCUACAUUCGUCGCAUGCCCAGCAACAGACGUAAACAAAAUCGUGGGCUACGCCCUCUAUUAUCCAUGCUAUAGCACGUGGGUAGGCAAAUCAGUAUUCCUCGAGGACCUCUUCGUGCUUCCCGAACACCGAAAAGGCGGCGUUGGCAAGAAGCUCUUUUUAGCAGUUGCAAAACUCGCACACGAGUCCAGCAAACGUAUGGAUUUUCACGUUUUAAGUUGGAAUCCGGCAAAGGAUUUUUACAAGGCGUUAGGAUGCGUCAAUCUGACUCAAGAGGAGGAUUGGAAUGUUUACCGUUUGCACAACGAGGAUUUGGCUGAAGUUAUCAAAGACCUAAUUUAAAUUUAAAAUUCAUAUAUUUUUGACAAAUCUUUGAAAACGAAAAUGAAUGGAUUUGUGAAAAAUGUGACUCUUACUUGCUAGUUGCGUCCUCGGAAAGAACCUCUACCGCGCGUAGGCUGGAAAGUCAUUGAUUGAUUAUGUCCACGACCGCCUCGUCCGCCACGUCCACCAAAACUUCGUUUAUUUUGUCCCUGUCAAACAAGAACAAAAACACCAAUUAAAAAAUAUUUGAAAUGAAA